CCCCCUCAGUCCCCCCAAAUCUGUGUCCCCCCAGUUCUCCAUUCCCUGCGUUACCUGCAUGUGGCGGUGUCAGAGCCCAGCCCAGGGGUCCCCCAGUACAUGAUCUUGGGGUUCGUGGACGGGAUCCCCUUCACGCGCUACGACAGCGAGCGGGGCCGGGUGGAGCCACAGACGCAGUGGAUGGAGGAGGGAGCUGAGCCGGGAUAUUGGGAGAGCCAGACCCAGAUGGCUCAGGUGCACCAGCACGUGCGUGUGGAGGACAUGAAGACGCUGCAGCACCGGUACAACCAGAGCGGGGGUCUCCACACCAUACAGCGAGUUUCCAGCUAUGACCUCCUGUCCGAUGGGAGCGUCCGUGGAUCCUGGCGGUACGGCUACGACGGGCGGGAUUUCAUCUCCUUCGAGCUGGGAUCCAAGAGCUUCGUGGCGGCCGACGACGCUGCUGAGAUCACCCGGAGGCUCUGGGAAGAUGAGAACGAGGUUGAGAGGCGGGAGAAUUACCAGGGACACAUCUGCCCGGAAUGGCUCCGGAAAUAUGUCGGAUAUGGGCGGAAAGAGCUGGAGCGCAAAGUGGCCCCUGAUGUCCAUGUGCCCGGAAAAGAGGAACAUGGGACACUGAUCCUAUCCUGCCACGCGUACGGAUUCUAUCCCAACACCAUCACAGUCAACUGGAUGAAGGGGGGUGAAAUCUGGGAUCAGAAGAUGGAGUGGGGUGGGAUCGUUCCCAACAGCGAUGGCACCUUCCACACCUGGGCCAGGAUCGAGGCACUGCUGGAGGAGUGGGAGCAGUACCGGUGCCGGGUGGAGCAUCCCAGAAUGCUGGAGCCCGGGAUCUUCGCUUGGGAGCCGACAUCUGGCGGGAAUCUCGACAUGGUGAUCGCUGUGUCCGUCAUCUCCAUCCUCGUCCUUGUCCUCAUUGGAUUCAGUGUCUGGAGGCUCCAAUCCCGUAACACACGGAUGGGGGUCGGGAAGGGGCACAGGAUACCCGGCACUGUUCUGGGAAUGCAGCACCCACACUGAUCCCGCUGUUUUUCCACAGGGAGGAGGGACGGGAAUGGAUACAACCUGCCAGCCGGUGAGUUCCAGUGGUGGAUCCAGCUCUGAAUCCCCUCUUUGUGCAUCCCAGGAUGGAUCCUGGGGUUAAUCCCGGUGUGUGAUCCAUGCUGGAAUCUCACGGAUCUUCUCUUUCUGCAGGAAGGGACAUGGAAAUGAAUGGCUGAACCACACUUACGGAGCGGGAUUGGGGUAGGA